UAAACAACGUUACUGUAGAAAAUCAGACGUUGAUCAUGAUCAACAUUAACGCUCACAAGGUUUAGCCCCUAUAAACUUUCCUUGUAUAACACUCAUGAUACGCUGUUAUAAAAUUUGAGUUCAUAAAUGUAAUAUCUAGCCCGACCCUUGUCCUCAAUGACAUCUAGAAAUAAAAACCAGAACAGAAGCUAACACCCCCACGGGGUGUUGACGUCAAGAACUCAAGAUAGUCUUUCUCUAAAAUGCUUCAGCCGCUUUGUCUUUUUUUUCCUCAUGCACAUUAAUCAAAUAACAUUAUGGGCCCUUAUUUUGCCUCUAUCAUCAUGGGCCACAAGAUAGUAAGUAAUUCACCUAAAGGUUGUUGUCUUCCACGUUAUUGGGCCUUAGUAUACCUAAAUCUCUGGGAUUUGUACAAGGAUUAGUCUUAAUCUCACAUACCACCAUGCACUGAUGAAUAUUCUUCACUUGUAACUUUUUUUUUUUUUUUUUUUUUCAACAUCCUACUUUCUUUUUAUAUAUAAAAGUAACCAAAGGUAUCGAUUACAAAUCUGCACUAAACAGACCAGUUAGCGCUAAGCUUAACUUUACAAAAAAAUCACCCAACAAGGGGAUACAGGGACUUUACAAAAAAGAUCCCUCAAAAAAUACUUAACCAAAAACCAAAAGGAGUUAUUGUUGUUGCUGAGUAAGGCGCUCUCAUACUGCGAGACAAAGGAUCCAAUCUGAGCUUAAUGACUUGCUGGAUUUCCUGAAUAAUAGCCUGCGGAGGUCUGCACAGACCCGUGUGCAAUCUCGAGUUUCUCUCCUUCCAAACAAUAUAGAUAACAGCUUGGAACAGCAGUCUUACGACGAGCAAUAGAUUUGUAUUCGCUGUUGGGUCUUUCAGCCAUCUCAAGCAUUCUUCACUUGUAACUUGUAAGUAAAAAGAUUUACAAGUUAAGGAAAAAUCUUUAUAUAAAGACUUAACAGGCAAAAAUAUAGCUAUUGCUAUACGAUACGGUGCUAUCUUAAAAUCUAUUUUGUUAAAUUUGCAUUUUAAUGAUACCAAAAAAAAAUUAAUAUUAAAGUUGACGCGUUCCCCCGCGGUUCUCGACUCAAUUUAAUGUUCGGUCUCUCUUUUUGUAUUUGUAUAUGGAAAUAUAGAACGACACCUCCUUUUGAAUAAACCUCAUUCUCUUUUCUUCUUCCUUCUCUCCCUCAGAUUCUGGGUUCGACGACGAUGGAGCUUCGACCUCGCAACAAGGCGAUUGUUACAUCGGACCAAGAUGUGAAUCUGGAGGAAGAAGAUGAAGAAGCUUAUGUUAUGUCUUCUUCAGAUAAUGAUUCUUCCGACUCUGAGUUUCAAGUUUCGGAUGAGGAUGCUGAUGAUGCCGAUGGUAAUGAUGAUUUACCAAAUCCUGUCCCUGUCCCUGUUCUUGAUCCUGUCCCUCUUGCUGUCGCUGUGCCUUUGCCAAAUGCAAACGCACCAAGAGGCACCAAACGGAAAAGCACCACCACAGUCAUCAAAGAGAAAGGCAAGCUCUUGUGGGAGCUCUGGGAGAAAGAGGAUGAACAAUGGGUUGACCAACACAUGACAGACGAUGUAGACUUGGACCAGCACAACAACGCCGUCAUCGCCGAAACCGCUGAGCCGCCUCCUGAUCUCAUCAUGCCGCUGUUAAGGUACCAAAAGGAGUUUUUAUCGUGGGCGUCGAAGCAAGAACGCUCAGUCUCAGGAGGCAUACUAGCAGACGAGAUGGGGAUGGGGAAAACCAUACAAGCCAUCUCUCUCGUCCUCGCGCAACGCCAAGUCGACAGAGCAGCUGGUUGCACACUUGUGCUUUGUCCUCUCGUUGCUGUCUCUCAGUGGCUGAGCGAGAUCGAUCGGUUUACAUCCCCAGGAAGCACUAAAGUUCUUGUCUACCAUGGUGCCAAGAGGGAGAAGAACGGUAACGAGUUCAAGAAGUACGACUUUGUGCUGACGACGUACUCUACCGUUGAGAAUGAGUUCAGGAAGUGUGUGAUGCCGGGAAAAAAGCAGUGUGAAUAUUGCAGCAAAUGGUUUCUUCCGAACAGGCUUAUGAGACAUCAUGUGUAUCAUUGUGGGCCAUCUUCUGCGAAGGCGCUGAGAAAAUCUAAGCUUAAUAUGAACCCUCUUGCUGUAAUGGAAAGAGAGAGAGCAGCAGCCGAGGCUGAAGAGGCUAGUAGCAAGGGGAAGCGAUCUAGGAAGAAGAAGACUAAACAAGCUUUAGAGGAAGAAGAUUCAGUGAAUAGGAAGAAGUCUGUUUUGUACUCUAUUAAGUGGAACCGGGUCAUUUUGGAUGAGGCUCAUUACAUCAAAGAGAGACGUAGCAACACUGCGAGAGCUGUUUUUGCUUUGGAGGCUACUUAUAGAUGGGCUUUGAGUGGGACUCCUCUCCAGAAUCGUGUUGGAGAGCUUUACUCUCUGAUUCGCUUCCUGCAAAUUAGUCCAUACUCUUAUUACUUCUGCAAAGACUGUGACUGCAAGAUUCUUGAUUACACUACGCAUGCAAACUGUCACAGCUGCCCUCACAAUGCAGUGCGGCAUUUCUGUUGGUGGAACAAGAAUGUGACCAACCCAAUAACAGAGCCUGCUUAUGGAAACGAGGAACGGGGAAAGAGAGCAAUGAUAUUGCUUAAACACAAAGUUCUGAAAGACAUCCUCCUAAGACGUACCAAGUUGGGCCGGGCAGCUGAUCUUGCGCUUCCUCCUAGAAUCAUCACCCUGAGGCGGGAUUCACUAGAUGUAAAAGAGUCUGAUUACUAUGAAUCACUAUACCAAAACAGUCAAUCCCAAUUCAAUACGUAUAUUGAGGCUGGGACAAUUAUGAAUAACUUUGCUCAUAUAUUUGAUCUUCUAACCCGUCUGAGACAGGCUGUUGAUCAUCCAUACCUUGUGGUGUACUCCAGUUCUGGAGGUGCUAAUGCUAACUUGAAUGAUGAGAACAAAAAGGAACAAGAAUGUGGUCUAUGCCACGAACCGGCUGAGGACAAUGUUGUGACUUCUUGUGAACAUGUGUUCUGUAAAGCUUGUUUGAUUGAUUUCGCUGCAUCCCUGGGAGAAGUCUCCUGUCCAACAUGCUCAACACUAGUGACUAUGGAUUGGACUACCAAAGCUGACAUAGAGCAGCAGGCAAACAAGACAACAAUUAAAGGAUUUAGAGCCUCAAGCAUUUUAAAUCGGAUCAAGCUGGAUGAUUUUCAGACUAGUACAAAGAUAGAGGCUUUGAGGGAAGAAAUAAGGCUCAUGGUGGAAAGAGAUGGGUCUGCCAAAGCAAUUGUUUUCAGCCAGUUCACAUCAUUCUUGGAUCUGAUAAACUACACCCUCGGGAAGUGUGGGGUUGGUUGCACCCAGCUGGUGGGAAGCAUGUCAAUGGCAGCUAGAGAUGUUGCUAUCAAUAAAUUCAGAGAAGAUCCGAAUUGCAAAGUUUUCUUAAUGAGUUUGAAAGCUGGAGGUGUUGCUCUCAACUUAACAGUCGCUUCACAUGUGUUCAUGAUGGAUCCGUGGUGGAACCCAGCGGUUGAGAGGCAAGCACAAGACAGAAUACAUAGGAUCGGACAGUACAAGCCAAUCAGGGUUGUGAGAUUCAUAAUAGAGAACACAGUGGAGGAAAAGAUUCUGAAGCUUCAAAAGAAGAAGGAACUUGUGUUUGAAGGGACCGUUGGUGGAUCUCAGGAAGCCAUAGGAAAGUUGACAGCGGAAGAUAUGAGGUUUCUGUUUACCAUCUAACUUAAUCUAUUAGAAUAAAAACCUUUUUCUUUUUGUAUGUAAGAUCAUAAGACGGAAGCAAAACGUUUUUUUUUUUUUUUACCUUGUAUCAAGAACAAACCAGGUAAACUUUUUUUCACCUAAGA